CCGACUGAGUCAGUAGAUACAAGCUCGGCAGAAGACGCACGAGGCAGAAAUAUAUCGGUGUCUGAGACGUUGCUUACAUCAUGGUUGUUAAUAUCGGUGGAGAUGUUAAAUGUGUCGUUGUCGGCGACGGAGGAGUAGGGAAAACUAGCAUGCUCCUCCGGUAUAUUGAUGGACGGUUCCUGGAAGAGUAUAUACCGACCUGUUUCGAUAGCUACGCUGUGUCCCUUGACCUUGGCGACCGCUACUAUGACCUCUGCCUUAUGGACACAGCUGGACAGGAAACUUAUGACCGCCUGCGCACUUUGUCCUACUUCAACACUGACGUGUUUGUCGUCUGCUUCUCCGUGGCCAGUCAAGACUCAUUUACUAACGUCAGGACACGAUGGAUCCCAGAACUGAAGGAAUUCAAACCCGGAACCCGCUUUAUCCUUGUCGGUACUCAGGCGGACCUGAGGGAGGAUGCGCAGUACCCUGGGGAAUGCGUGUCCCUGAGUCAGGCUAAGAAACUAGCAAGAAAGGUUGGUGCUGAAGCCUAUGUGGAGUGCUCGUCACUGACUGGGGACGGUUUGAAGAGCGUGUUUCAUGGCGCGCUCACCACCGCAGUGUGUCCGAAAAAGAAGAGGAAGUUUUGGAGAAGCUUCAAGCAGCUGUUUAAGAAGAACGAGAAAUGAACGAGAGAAGAUGAAAUCUGCGUCACAAAACAUGGCGUCAUCCAGGAUGUCAGAACUCUUCGUCCAUUUUGCGCAGGCGCAUAUGGACUGGCAGCUCAACCGGAAGUGACCUCGAGCUGUCGAAUCUCUGUUUUGCCAAAUUUGUUGUUGCACAUUGUUGUUGCACGUUGUUCCUGCACACACGUUGUUGUUAAGGAUUGGACUCUGGCUCAGGAAUAUGACAAUAAUGGACCCAAGAAUGACGCGAGUCAGAAAUGAGGGAAGGAUGUUGGCGCUUGUAAUUGUGUGAGAAUGGCAAUAUAGUUGACUCAUUUGUGUGAUACUCGCUGUCAACAAUGACUUCAGGGGCACGUGACAGAUAUAGAAGUGCAGGACACACCAUAUCCUUCCGUGACAUCAAUGACCUAUCACGGCGUCCUACAGAGAAUUGAAGUACAAAACUCCGAACACUGCUUUAGUAAACUACAGCUCUAUGCUCAUAAAUGGCCUCCAUUAAAAAUGACACAUGACGUCAUGAAAGGAAAGACCUAACACGUUUCAACACGAAGAAGAGACAUUCUUACUGAACAAUGAAUUCCAAACUUAAAACUGGAACUGACAAGACACCUGUAAAUGAAAAUAGUGCCUGUUGAAAUAGAAUAUGCCAACUAUCUAAACAUUCGUUAAAUACGUUACAUGCUUGAGCAGAUGUGAUGUAAUUUAUACCGCCUUUGUUUGUAGUUUUGAUGUGUCUUUAAGUUAUUGUUUCUCAUCGCCAUGUUCCUAGUGCUCGUGUUUGCCAUUGAACCACGCCCCAUGUAUCUACAGUGCAAAUCGUGGCCUGAUUCACCAUCGGCCCCAACUUGAUAUUCCAAUCGCGAAUGUAACACGUAUUUCUUAAUACUUAAUCUUAAAAUUUUAUUUGCUAAAUUAUGGCUUUGUGCUUGUUUAACAUCUGCAGUAUUUGAAUAAGGUUGACUCUUAGCCACUAAUAUGGUCGAACCUUACAUACCUGUAAUUAAGGGCUUGGAGUUAACAACCCCCUUUCACGUAGAGGGUAACCUCGUUUAUCCGGACGGUACUGUUCACAGUGAAAUCAUUCGGAUUAACGAGGUUAGUGGUGCUCCUUUGUACAUGUGUAGAUGUCUACAAAAGUACUUGUCCAUAGAUCAGGAUUUCCGGACUUUAAAGGUCCUACUCUAGUGAUCAUACACUUCUUAUAACCAUAUACUACUAAUGCAAUACCUUACAGCCUCGUAUGACAUACAUUAGCAUUGUCUUCUAACACAUUCCAGAGAGUCAGAGUUAUUGGUUGUGUACUGUGGCCGAUGUGUUCCCGUGGUGUUGAGAAGUUGGCAACGUUUCAUGUUAUAGUCUCACGUUGUCUCAUCAGGGUACCUAAAGUCUUUCACAAAACGCAAAACCCCAUUAAUCAGGAGAAUGUGGUUGUCAUGGAAACAUCCCGGAUGAACAUAUUCCGGGAUAUCAAAAUCACUUUUGCGUUAGCCCUUCGUAGGUAACGUUCCCAUGUUCCAGACGCGAUAUAAAAUUGGUGGUCGGAUUAACCAUGUCCGGAUUAACGGGGUUUCUUUGUAUUUGUUCUAAUUGAGUGCUGUAGAAAUGUACAUGUGAUGGACACACGUAUGUGUCAUUGUGCUGUAAUGGAUGUACAAUAAAUUGUUAUCGAUGAUCA